AUGGCCACAUCAUCUAACACUGGUUUAGUUACGGCAGCUUUUUCGUCGCUACUUGGGUUGACACCAUCAAAUGCUUCUGUGCCAGCAGUGACUAUUGAUGCUCUUAAAAUCUAUUCAUGGGCGGUUCCAGUUGAUGGCAGGUCACUUGUACUGCACAUACAUGGACAAGAUUUAAAGAUACCACUGAAUGCUACUAGUAGUCACACCAUUAGGGACGUGAAAGUAAAAAUCCAAGAGAAGGAAGGAAUACCAAUCGAUGAACAAAUAUUAUUAUCCAAGUCCUUUAAGUUCGAAGAUAAUCGAACAUUAAACAGCUAUGGAAUACAAGAUGGAUCAAUUAUCCAUCUCUGGCGUCGAUUCCACUGUGCAGAAAUUAUUCUCAAAACUUUAACUGGAAAAUUAAUAGUAUUAGACGUGGAACCGUCCGAUACCAUUGAAGAUGUGAAAGCAAAAAUGCAAGAUAAACAAGGAAUUCCACCAGAUCAGCAGCGCCUCAUCUUUAAAGACAAACAACUAGAAGCUGGACGAACAUUGCUUGAUUAUAAUAUACAUCCAGGAUCGAUACUAUACUUAGUUCUUCGUCAUCGUGGAGGGUGUCCUUUCGGAGACGGUGUCCAUAUAAAAACGUUUACAGGAAAAAUAAUAAUAGUGAAGGUGGAUUAUGAAGGUACCGUGGAGCAUGUGAAAGAACAAAUUAAAGCUAAAAUGGGGAUUCCAAUACAUCAACAGCAACUGACUUUUCAUGGCCGUUAUCUGGAAGAGGGACGACUCCUUAAUUAUAAUGUCAGUGAUAAUGACAACACGCUUGAUCUCAUCGUCCGACAGCCACAAACUGUUAGAGUUCGAACAAUAGCAGGAAAAGAAGUGAAAAUUCAUAACUCAAAUUGGUCAGUUCCUCAACUAAAACAAAAGAUCGAAAAAAAGACAGGAAUUCCUGUCAAAGAACAAUAUCUGGUUCAAUGGGAUUAUCUAAUUUUAUCUGAUGAUGCUCUGUCAUAUGAAGACACUCUUGUUCUACAUUCAGCAAAUCAUAUUAUACUGCAGCUAUUGAACCAGACACCUAUUGAUAUGGCUGUAUUACCCUCAUGGUCUAUUCGUUACUUGAAGGAGGAAAUUGAAAAACUGCUAGAAAUCACUGUCGAGCGACAACGACUUGUUUGCAAUGAAUUAUUGGACCAGACACCUGUUGAUAUGGCUGUAUUGUCUUCAUGGUCUAUUCGCUACUGGAAGCAGGAAAUUAAAAAACAGCUAAAAACCAAGGUUGAGCCACAACGACUUGUUUGCGAUGACUGUGAGCUAGAGAAUGAAAAAUAUGUCUCGGACUAUGCUGCUAUUGUAGAAAAUCGAGCUUCCAUCACCGUUCAACAAAAAUAUACACUGUCACUACUACCAAGCAAUGUCACUCUUCCAAUUACCGAUCAUCAUUCUGUUGGUGAUAUUAAAGACCUUAUUCAAGAUGAACUGAAUAUUCCACGAAACAAUCAAAUCUUGUUUAUGCAUGGUGAAUUUCAAAACGACGAUCAAAGAACAUUUUUCAAUUCAAAAUCAGAUGAGAAAGGAUAUGUGAUUGAUAAUAUGGGUGCUACAGUUAUUAUUGCCAUUGAUCUUCCAAAUCAGGAUCGAAAAGUCUAUUUACUUAACAAACCAGCAACGGAUUUGGAUCUAAAGAAGCUUAUUGAAGAGCAGUUUGGUUAUGCAAUUAAAGCACAAAGCCUCAGAUACCAGACAGGCAUUGAAGUUGGCAAUCUAGUAGCUAGUGGAAAUAUGAUCACACUUUCAAUCAUUGGUGACACAUUGUUCUGGAAGUUAUCGACUUCUCCAAAUCGAUCUCGACAAAGUUCACUCUUGCCAUCAGCUACUGUUGAGGAAGUUAUAAACUAUAUUGCAAAGAAGUUAUCUCUUCUUCCUUAUCGUAUCAACUUGAUUAGUUUGCUUGAGCGCUACCAUAUCGACGGCAAACAAAAAACUUGUUCUUCGUAUGGAUACAAGGGUGGGCAGAUCAUUCAAGUGAAAGUAUGUGAACCAGCUCAUCGACAAGUACGAAUCAUACUGCCUACUAAAACAGUAUUGCAAAUCGAUGUUAUCGUCGAUAUUUCCAUUUUGGAACUGAAAUCGAUCAUUGAAAAGCAAGAAGGCAUUGAUGUGCAAUCUCAAAUCAUACUAAGGGGUGAUCAAGAACUCAUCGAUGAUGAAAUCAUUUACAACUGUCUUUUGGACUGGGCCAAUCCGCUGACUAUGAAAAUCGUACUGAGUGGUCCACUUGCUCUUGAUGCUGGUUCACUUGCACCUCAUUAUGACUAUGACUUCACCAAUACAGUCGAUACCGACGAAGUAUUUAUGAGAGGAAACUACCGAUAUGAACGUCCUCAUGGUUGUAAACGUAUUGCAUUGGGUGUGGUGGGUAAAUAUGGAUCUGAGUAUGAUGAUCGAUGGCUUGGAAUGACAGGCACUGAUCCAGAAGAAUGGCCUGUUUCUUAUCAUGGAACAGAAAAACAUAAUGCAAUGAGCAUUGCUGAGGAGGGUUUCAAGCUGAGCAAAGGUGAUCGAUUCAAGUAUGGCAGAGGUAUUUAUUCUACACCUGAACUUGAAGUGGCCAAGCUGUAUGCGAAAGAAUUUAUGCAUGAAGGAGAAAAAUACUUUGUUCUCUUUCAGAAUCGUGUCAAUCCAAAAUACUUGAAAGUGAUUAGUAAGGAAGAAACAGAGAUCGGAACUUAUUGGCUUAGCAGCAAAGGACCGGAUGACACUGAUGAAGAUAUAUCAGAUCUCAUUCGCCCGUACGCUGUAUGCAUAUUUAAGGCAUGA